GCAGUAAGAGCAAUGUAAUGUGUUGAGAUGUUCGAGAUGUCACUCGCUGCAUGGUGAAUGGCGACAGAGAAAGAAGGAAAGAGGGAGAAAAAAAGAUUUAUAAGUAUUUUUAUUUUACAAUCGCGCGCAUUCUUGCGACGAGGAAAAUCCUUCUAAAUUUAAAGAGCGAGCUGCGAUGGAUCGUGAAUUAAUUGAGAAGUUUAUCGAAGUAACGGGCGAGAGCGAGGCAACGGCACAACAGUAUCUCGCGUUGGCCGAUGGAAACGUAGAGAUGGCGAUUAGUCUCAUGUUCGAAGGUGGCAGACCACCGGAGAUUGAGAAUUCGAAUUCUGAACCACCAGUGAGAGCUCCUAUAUUACCCACGCAAGAGAUACUGGUGCCGUCAGAACCAAUGUGUUCAUUUCCACGACUGUCAAAUAAUGUGUUCGAUAGAUUCAGAGACUUUGCAGUAGAAACCCAGCGACAAGAGGAAGAGAUGACUCAUAGAGUAACUGGCAUGAAACAUAUUUCUCAAAAGAAAUCAAAACGAUUGGAAGAUUUAUUCCGACCGCCAAGCAAUAUUCUCUUCUUGGGUUCUUUCAUGGAGGCACGAGACCAUGCAAAAACUCUGAAUCGUUGGUUACUUGUCAAUGUUCAAAAUCCACAAGAGUUUAGUUGUCAAGUUCUUAAUAGAGAUGUAUGGCCCAAUCAACAAAUUCAAGAAAUUGUGAAGGAUCAUUUUGUUUUGUGGCAAGUUUUGUGCAGUGCAUCAGAUGGAAGACGUUACAUUGAUUUUUACAAUGUAGUGGCAUAUCCGUAUCUUGCAAUUGUAGAUCCCAGAACAGGAGAAUGUAUGAGAACUUACAAUAACAUCACUGUGGAUAGUCUGAUCUCUGAUUUAAAUGAUAUGUUGAGCACGCAUGCAUCUCCAGAGAGCGCUUCACAGGUUACAUCUAAUUCUAAAAAUUGGAAUAAUUUUCCUACAACGCCUCCAAAACGGAAUAUUUUAGCUGAUCAAAUAAAAAAUGAUUGUGGUCCUAGUAGUAAAACUUCUAGACUUUUAUCAGAAAAGAUAGCAAAUUCAGAAAAUGAAAAUGUAACUUCGAAUAACAUUACAAGUUUAAAUAUUCCAAGUAGCAGUAGCACUGCCUUUAAUAAAAAAAGAAAACUAAAUGAAUGUGAGGCUAAGGAAAAACAACUAAAAGAUGAAAAAUUAAAAUCUAAUGCAGCUAAAGUUGAAACAAAUGAUGAACCCUUUCUGCGACUUUGCUUACGCCUGCCAAAUGGUACAAAAGAAACAAUAUCAAUGUGUGCAACAGAUACUAUAGAAGACUUUCUGUUUAAAAUGGAAGAAAUGGGAUUUCCAUCAACAGAACAUACCUUUUUGGUGCCAUUCCCGAAAACAAAUGUUGGUGCACUGUCUUCAAAUAUACGUUUAUUAGAUACAAUCUUAUUUCCAACAAACACAGUAUUCAUUACCAAGAUACAGUAACAUACCAUAAGUAAAUUAUUUCUUCCACAAUAAUUCAAUUAAUAUCAAUUUAGAAAUUUGAAUUAGAAAAAUGUU